AGAAGAAGAAGAAGAAGAAGAAGAAGAAGAUGGAGGACAUAAGAUCAAGAUUCAAAAGUGUAUGUGUUUUCUGUGGUAGUAGUGCUGGUAAAAGAGAUUGUUACAGAGAUGCUGCUCUUGAUUUAGGCCAAGAACUGGUGAAAAGGAAAGUGGAUCUUGUUUAUGGUGGAGGGAGUGUAGGGUUAAUGGGAUUGGUCUCACAGGAGGUUCACCGUGGUGGUGGCCAUGUUUUAGGGAUUAUUCCCAAGACUCUCAUGUGCAAGGAGAUAACAGGUGAAACAAUAGGAGAAUUAAGAGUCGUAUCUAAUAUGCAUCAAAGAAAAGCUGAGAUGGCUCGUCAUUCUGAUUGUUUUAUUGCCUUACCAGGUGGAUAUGGAACAUUGGAGGAAUUAUUAGAGGUUAUUACGUGGGCCCAACUUGGAAUUCAUGACAAGCCCGUGGGCUUGUUAAACGUGGAUGGUUACUAUAACUCGCUACUUACAUUCAUCGACAAAGCAGUCGAUGAUGGUUUCAUCAUGCCAGCUCAGCGCCACAUCAUUGUCUCUGCUCCAAAUGCAAAAGAAUUAGUACAAAAACUUGAGGAUUACGUCCCGAUGCAUGAUGGUGUAGUGGCAAAGGCGAGAUGGGAAGCUGAACAAGUGGAGUUGAACUCAUCUUUGCACUCUGAAUUAGCUAGAUGACGAAUGACAAAUUUGGACAUGCUAAUUCCCUCCAUAG